AGAAUGCUCUCAACUCGUACCUGUAAACAAAUUCGUCAGGCAGCCUUAAAUUCUGUUUCCAGAUAUAAAUAAUCAUUUUGAGAAAGAAUAACCUCACGAUAUUCACGAUGAAAGUCUCCUUCGCACUCAUAUCAUUUUGGUUCUCCUUUAUUCUGGGCCAGCAAGUCCCUGAAUGUACUCGGGAGCUUGCAGCAACAGAUGAUUGCGCCGAUGUCAUCAACGCCAAUGCCUGCUACAAUCAAUUCCGGUUUAGGAAUAACCAAACACUAUCAUGUAUCGGCGGGACGAAUAAUGACGAACGAGCCAAAAAGGCGUGCAAGUGUUGCGGUUGUGUCGGCCAGGUGAUGUGCGACUGGGUAAAACAACAGCGAUUCCAAUGCUAGGAAAUCCGUAUCUUCAAGUUGGAAAUAAUGCAAGAACUACAGGGGGGCUUGAAGAACUAUAUCAUACCACUGAUGUAUUUAACAAAAGUCUACAAUAUGGUUAUAUAUUUGAUACGUGGGUACCCAAGGGAUGCUUUGCCCGCGUCUAGUCUCUACUUGCCAGUG